GAGUAGGGCGGUGGUUGUCAGCAAGGUGAUCACCGUUCGGGCUGCCAGACUUUAGACUCGUGCAAAGAACAGAAAAACACAAGUCUCUCUCUCAGCGAGGGCGGUGCCACGAUCAGGACAAAGUAUCCGCCGCGCCUGUCCUGCUGCAGAUCCCUCGCGACGCGGCCCGAGUCCAGCCUGCCGGCUAACAGCGAAACCGCCGCCACCGCCACAACUGCUGCUGCUGCUGCCGCCACUUGAACCGGGAGCUGGUGGGUGGCGAUCGGCACCGAGAGAGAGAGAGGUGGGAGCCAGAGCCCGGGACACUCCGCAGGCGCCAUGAAGGACUCGCUGAAGCGGCGGCACGUGGCCGACUCGAACGGGGCGACCCCGGGGAGCGGCCCCUCCCGAGGCUCCAUCAGCUCGAAGAGCAGCAGCGGAGGGGGCAGCAACACCAUGCGACUCAAGCAAGAGGUGGGUCUGAUGAGCGGCAUCAGCCUCAUCGUGGGCACGAUGAUCGGCUCGGGGAUCUUCAUCUCGCCCAAGUCGGUGCUCGACAACGUCGGCGCCGUGGGGCCCAGCCUCAUCAUCUGGAUGGGGUGCGGAGUCCUCGCCACCCUCGGCGCGCUGGCGUACGCUGAGCUGGGCACGAUGAUCACCAAGUCGGGCGCCGAGUACCCGUACCUGCUGGAGGCGUUCGGGCCCAUCCCGGCGUUCCUCUACUCGUGGGCGUCCGUCAUCGUGCUCAAGCCGUCCUCCUUCGCCAUCAUCUGCCUCAGCUUCGCCGAGUACACGUCCGCGCCCUUCUACCCGGGCUGCGAGCCGCCAAUGCUCGUCAAGAAGUGCCUGGCCGCUGCUGCCAUCUUGCUCAUCUGCAUCAUCAACUCGGUGAGCGUGAAACUGGCCUCGUACGUCCAGAACUUCUUCACGGUCGCCAAGCUGCUGAUCGUGGUGGUCAUCAUCGUCACCGGCAUCGUGCUGCUCGCUCAGGGACACACGACGAACCUCCAGAACAGCUUUGAAGGACAUCAGUUGUCGUUCGGCUCAAUCGGGGUCGCCUUCUACAAUGGCCUGUGGGCCUACGACGGCUGGAACCAGCUGAACUUCGUGACCGAGGAGCUGAAGAAUCCCUUCCGAAACCUGCCUCUGUCCAUCAUCAUCGGCAUCCCGUUCGUCACCGUGUGCUACAUCCUCAUGAACAUCGCCUACCUCACCACCAUGACGGCCACCGAGCUGCUGCAGUCGCCCGCCGUCGCCGUCACGUUUGGGGACCGCACUCUGGGCGUCAUGACCUGGAUCGUGCCGCUGGCGGUCGCCUUCUCCACGUUCGGCGCUGCCAACGGAUCGUGCUUCACGGCCGGACGGCUGACCUACGUGGCGGCGCGCGAGGGUCACAUGCUCGAGGUUCUGUCGUUCAUCAACGUGCGGCGCCUCACCCCGUCGCCCGCCAUCUUCUUCAACGGCAUCCUGACGAUCAUUUACAUCAUCCCGGCGGACAUCAACACGCUCAUCAACUUCUUCAGCUUCGCCGUGUGGAUCUUCUACGGCCUCACCAUGCUGGCCUUCAUCGUGAUGCGCUUCACUCGCAAGGAGCUUCAUCGGCCCGUCAGGAUCCCUGUGGUGAUCCCGGCGCUGGUGAUGGUCGUGUCCGUGUACCUCGUGUUCGCACCCAUCAUCGACCUGCCCGAGUGGGAGUACCUCUACUGCGCCAUCUUCAUCCUGGGCGGUCUCAUCUUCUACCUGCCCUUCGUCCACUUCAAGCUGAAGAUCGGAUUCAUUUCAACGCUGACCAAGCACAUGCAGCUGCUGCUCGAGGUGUCCCCCCCGGAGCAGUCCCCCGAGUGAGCAGCGCGACACCGCAGCGGCCUCCGCUGCCUCCACGGCCGCCCCCCAACAUCGCCGCUUGGAGCAAGGCCCACCGGCCACCACGACCACCGCCCACCCACCACGACCACCGCCGCUCGCCACCACGACCACUCGCGUCGCCACCACGACCACUCGUGUCGCCACCACGACCACUCGCGUCGCCACCACGACCACUCGCGUCGCCACAUGUGCUGAUUUUCCCAGGAGCGUCCGUCUUCUUUUUGAGGCAGCUGCUGUCCCAGGAAAUCUGUAAAUCUUCCCGGGACGUUAAAGUACCGUUCUUCUUCAGUGACGUAACAACAGCAAUAUGAGUAAUACGCCACUGCGAGACGAUGCCUUUGCGCGUGGUUCUCCACUCUUCCGCUACUGUGGGAUAUUCUUCUUCUGCUGCCCAUGAUUAGUCCUCGUUUUGCUUGUACCUCAGAGGAGGUGACACGUGGGCCACGCCGACUCCACCAGCCGUGGCUUCACCUGGUUUACAUUUUGCGACGUCGCGCGGAAACAAUGGAAGUCAGCUUCCGGGUGUGCGUGCACCAUUUGAAAAAAAAAUGUAUCUACUUUGUUUGUUUGACCAGGAAAGGCCCACUAAGCUACGUAGCUCUUUUUCAGAAGCGACCUGGCUAUCACUAAUGAUAGCUCAACGAAAGUGGCUUAUCGCGUGGACAUUUAUAGCAGCCAGAUACUCUAAACGCGUGACGUUGAUUCUGAACGUGGAGGGAAAACCCGGAAGGCCCGGGGAAAAUCUACGCGUCCACGGGAAGAGAGACGCAGACUCCAAAUUUCCAUUGGGGUCGGGAUGGAACCCACAACCUCCUGUAUACCAGGCGAGGUAGUUAACAUCUCCUAGCCACCGUGGCGUCCCGGAAUAAAAUCACGCAAAUUGCCACGAUUCCAAGCUGUGCCUCGUUUAGCUUAAAGGUGACGGCUCAGUAAACAUACCACAACAUUGGCCCAACAAUGUUCCACGUUUAUGUGGGGGAGUGCCUGCUCCUCUCACGCACGAUGCCCCACAGAGCCUCACAUCGUCACGAAUGGUUUAACGAUUGCCGACGGUGGCAAUGAUGGCGAGUUAAAAUGACACAAUCCGUCAUUUUUCACGUGCAUCGUUCUCCAAAUGUAAUGUUAUUUUAUUUGUUUCCGCAGAGGGCAGCAUUUUAAAGUAAACAGUCGAGCUCAAAAUGCGUUGUGGAAUCUGUGGUGUUGCACAACGUUGGGCUAGCGAACGAGAUCCGGGUGAUAUUUAAAAGUUGAAUUUGUCCCCGGAAGCAAGAGAAAAUACUUUGUACGAUGUUGAUAAAAAAAAAAGUAUAUGUAUACAGUAACAUGUGUGAAUAAAGUACGCAAUACAAUAAAAACAGCCACUGGAUACACCUCAAUAUUUACAAA